AUGUCCGGCGAGCAGGGUGCUCAUGAUGCGGGUGAUUCAUCGCCUGGAGACACCUUGCAGCCGCACGAGUCAGAUUCGACUCCGCCAAGGUCAGCGAAUGCGUCGGUCAAGAACGAGGCUUCAACGCCCUCUUCGAGUGUGAAUCCUUCAGACCGGCUAAUGCCUGACCUGGCGAAAAAGUAUAUCGGCGGCUCGUUUUGGUCCUCGCUGACUGAUGAGGUCAACGCACUUGCCGACGUACUUGAUAAUGACGAUCUGUUGAACGACAACGACAUUUCAGGGCGACGCACAGCAGACCAAUGUGCAAAUGAAGAUAUCGAUAGAUGGGAUGUCGCUCGACUGCUGAAUGCUUAUUCACAAAACGUCGAGCCUCCACAUAAGCUCUUCCACGUUCCGUCCCUCCGAGCUUUGGUGAUCUCUGCCGCGCCUUACCUCCACAAGCCAGCUGAUGCGCCUAGCAACCAAUUUCUCAAAGCAUCAGUCUGUUUCGCAGGACUGAACGCUCUCACCGAUGACGAAUGCUGGGCUUGGUACGGCAUGCCGAAGGAACAGGCUGUACAAGAGUUCAGAAGCGUGGUUGAUCUGGCGUUACAUCGUGCCGACCCUCUCGUUAGCACGGACAUGGCCACACUUCAGGCCCUCUUGCUCUAUGCCAUAACCAUUAGAAUCACAGAUCCCAGUCGCCGCUCAUGGUCAAUCGUCGGCUUUGUAGCUCAUACCGCUCGCUCAAUGUACUUGCAUCGGGCGACACCGAACGAGAGCCCCUACAUGAGUCAGCCCGGUCAAACGUGGAAGCAGCGCCUCGAUCUCGCCGAACAGUAUCGCGCCAAGCUUGACCGGGAAGUACGCCCUAUUUGUGAACGCAGCUUGCCACGACAUCAAUACAUCAUGGAACCCGCGACUAUUGUGUGCAACAGCAUGGUGCUUCGUGCCGUGCGACCACUCCACUUGGACGGCGAAGAGUCACCACCUUCUGUGAGCGAUCCAUGGGUCUUGCGGAUUGGCGUCGAUCUGCUCCAAUCUGCUCUACAACUGCUACCUUUCGUCGAGAAAGGCUGGCGGAGGAUGCCCUGGAUUCCUUGGCACGCCGUCGUAGUCGUCCUUGCUGGCCUCUGUACGAUCAGAGAUACGGAUCUGGCCAAUCAGGCUUGGCCUGUCGUUGAGAAGGCGAUGACAGCUUGCGAAGCCGACGUUGCAGACACCAAGGACGGAAUGCUUUGGCGUCCCAUCAAGAAAGUUCACGCGAAAGCAGUUGCAUAUCGCAAAGCUGGCAAUAUACAAGUGACUGAGCAUUUUCCAAGUGUUCAGGCCUUCGAUGGCAGCAUCGCGGGUAUAGGGUAUCAGCAUGACUUCGGUGACAUCAACAGCUUUACACAACUCGAUGCCAUACAGAAUACGGGCUAUGUUGCUGACUCGUCAGGGGCGCCGAGCAACGGCGUGGAGCUGCCACUUCCUGACGAUAGCUGGCUCAAUUGGGAGACCAUCAUGACUGACCUAGGCGCCGAUGAGACACUGUUCCGUGACGUGUUUUGA